ACAAGGACCCGCUGGCUCACAAGAAAGUCUCCAGUCUGACCAUCAACUUCGGGCCACAGCACCCGGCUGCCCACGGGGUCCUGCGGCUGGUGAUGGAGCUGAGCGGGGAGACGGUGAAGAAAUGUGACCCCCACGUCGGCCUCCUGCACCGCGGCACCGAGAAGCUCAUCGAGUACAAGACGUACCUGCAGGCUCUGCCCUACUUCGACCGCCUCGACUACGUCUCCAUGAUGUGCAACGAACAGGCCUAUUCCCUGGCUGUGGAAAAGCUGCUCAACAUCCGCCCUCCCCUGCGGGCACAGUGGAUCCGAGUCCUCUUUGCUGAGAUAACCCGGCUGCUCAACCAUAUCAUGGCCGUGACGACGCACGCACUGGACAUUGGGGCCAUGACCCCCUUCUUCUGGAUGUUUGAGGAGAGAGAGAAGAUGUUCGAGUUCUACGAGCGGGUCUCGGGGGCACGGAUGCACGCUGCCUACAUCCGCCCCGGCGGGGUGCACCAGGACCUGCCCCUGGGGCUGAUGGAUGACAUCUACGAGUUUGCAAAGAAUUUCUCCUUGCGGAUAGACGAGGUGGAGGAGAUGCUGACGAACAACCGCAUCUGGAAGAACCGCACAGUCGACAUCGGGGUGAUCACAGCAGAGGAGGCCUUGAACUAUGGGUUCAGUGGGGUGAUGCUCCGGGGCUCAGGGAUCCACUGGGAUCUGCGCAAGACCCAGCCCUACGAUGUCUACGACCAAGUGGAGUUCGACGUCCCCAUCGGCUCCCACGGCGACUGCUACGACAGGUACCUGUGCCGCGUGGAGGAGAUGCGACAGUCCCUGCGGAUCAUCCUCCAGUGCCUCAACAAGAUGCCCGAGGGGGAGAUCAAAGUAGAUGAUGCCAAAAUCUCGCCCCCAAAGCGGGCGGAGAUGAAGACCUCCAUGGAGUCCCUGAUCCACCACUUCAAGCUCUACACUGAAGGCUACCAGGUGCCCCCCGGGGCCACCUACACGGCUAUCGAGGCUCCUAAGGUGCCACUUCUCAUGGUGUUGGGAUGGUGA